GAGAAGUUAAAUGAUCAGCUGGAGGAACAGAGGCAGGAACAGGCCCUGCAGAGGUACCGCUCUGAAGUCGACAAGCUGGACCACUGGCUCUUAAGCACUAAGGCCACUCUGGACGUCGCGCUGGGCACCUCCAAGGAGCCCAUGGACAUGGAGGCCCAGCUGGUGGACUGCCAGAACAUGCUAGUGGAAAUCGAGCAGAAGGUGGUGGCCCUGUCGGAGCUCUCUGUCCACAAUGACAACCUGCUGCUGGAGGGCAAGGCCCACACGAAGGACGAGGCUGAGCAGCUGGCGGUGAAGCUGAGAACCCUCAAGGGGAGUCUCCUGGAGCUUCAGAGAGCCCUGCACGACAAGCAGCUGAACAUCCAGAUAUACCUAGACUUUUAUUUAGGACCCACAACUUUAGGCUUGUCAUGUAUUCCAG